AUGUCAAGAAUGAACCUGAACGAUAGGAAGACUCCUACUUUAGUUUUGGGUCUUACCAUCGAACAACAUAUAAGUUGCAGGGGCAAGGAUAGCCAAGGUGAGGAGGUUAUUAAACCAUAUACGCUUACUACAUUGGAUUCUGAUGUUGGUCAUUUUGAAUUAGUUAUUAAGAUGUAUCCUCAAGGAAGGAUGUCACACCAUUUCAGAGAGUUGCGUGUUGGUGAUUAUCUUGCUGUGAAGGGUCUCAAGGGGCGGUUCAGGUAUAAACCUGGUCAAGUUAGAGCAUUUGGGAUGAUUGCGGGAGGCUCUGGCAUUACGCUAAUGUUCCAUUUAGCCAGAGUCAUGUUGGAGAACCCAAAAGACAUGACAAACGUACACCUUAUUUAUGCCAAUGUUCCAUAUGAGGACAUUCUUUUGAAGGAAGAGUUGGAUAGCCUUGUUGCCAAGUACCCUGGUCGCUUCAAAGUCUACUACGUUUUGAACCAGGAGCAGAGAAGGUUUAUCGGAAUAUGAAGUCCCGAUCUAUUUUCUCCCCUUUUUCAUGCAUAGCCGCAAUGCAAGUACAAAUAUGACAGAUAAUACUGAUAAGCUUUUCUCGGAAUGAAGGAUAGUAAAUGCCAGAAAACUUUUCUGCUUUGACUAGAACACAAGAAUUAUUUUUUAAAGUAUAAAAAAUCUUCAUACGUAGAAAGGACAGGCAUAGUGGCUGUUACACGGGCUUGGGAUGAGAUUCGGAUAUGAGUAUGUGUCUGAUUUAGCUAUGGUCUCAAGUUUUUCAAUGUAUUUGGAUGCCCAAUCAUGUUUCAGAUACGGGUACUUAAAAAACAAAAGGGGGGAGAACAUGACAUAGUGGAGCCUGUUAGAAAAGCAUAUGGCUUUUGAAAUUUCUAUCUAUGAUACUCCUUUCUCACUCCAUUUAGCUGAACAGAUACCAUUUCCUCUGAUUUGGUAAUGCAAAUGGUAUGUGAUUUGACAAUCUUAAUAUAAGUAUCACUUUAGACUAAUUAAUGGUAUUCUUACAUGAUUCA